AUGACACGAGAUGUCACAUGCCAUUCGCGUCCUGUUCGAAGUCUGGCCAUCACCUUUAGUGGCGGCGGCUUCCUGUUGCCGUACUUUAUCGGCGUCGCCGAUACGCUGCUACAGCUGGGCGUCUUGCGGAUCGGCAACACCGCUACCACGUACCUCGAAUCUGUCCCAAGCCCAAACCCCGACUCCAACCCUGGCCCCGGCUCAAGCUCAGAUGGCGAUCCAAACCACAGCCCACAUACCAACCCCGGCUCCGAACCUUCCAAAAACACAAACCCCACCACCGACCAAUCCCUUUCCCCUAGUCCGCUACUCAGCCCGCCUCUCAGCCCCACUCGUCCCACACCCCUGGCGGGCUCCUCCGCGGGCAGCCUCAUCGCCGUCAGCCUCGCCUGCGGCCUCACACCCACGCGGAUACUCGACAGUUUCCUCGACUCCGUACAUGACUGCCGUACCAACGGUUCGUACCGCCGCCUAGAGGAGGUGCUGCUGCGUCAGCUGCAGGCUAGUCUGCCAGCCGACGCGGCGGAGCGGUGCGCGGGUGUGGCCACUGUCAGCGUCACGCACCUGUUCCCGCGGCCCCGCACGCGGCGAGUGUCCUCCUUCGCCUCCCGCGAAGACCUCAUCCGCGCGCUGAUGGCGUCAUGUCACAUUCCCACCUAUUUCAACGGGGAUGUGACCACAACGUUUCGCGGCAAGAGGACGGUGGACGGGGGCGUCACGGAGCUGCUGCCCACGCCUGUAGCAUCACAUGCCUUCCUGCUCAAGGUGUGUUGCUUCCCACGUCAGCAAGUGGCCCGGCUGCCCAUCUUCAACCGCGCACGGGCCCUUCAUCAGCUGGACUUGGGAAUUUCUCCAGACGCCUUCGGGCCCUGGCCGUACAACUUCCGCUACAUGCUGGCAGCGGCCCUGCACCCCCGUAGCUACCGCUUCAUCCGGGUGCUGCUGGAGGCGGGGCGCAACGACGCGGGGCGCUGGGCGGUGGCGGCAGGCAUUGCCGAACCCAACCAGCUGAGCGGCCUCACGCCGCUGCAGCUGCCGGCGGUUCUGCUGCAGCAGCCGGUGCAGCAGCCGCCGGAUGUGGGGCCAGGGGCUGGUGCGAGUGCGGAUGCCACCUGGACGCCGGAGGCGGGUGAAACGCCGUUGCCCAAGUUUAUAACAGCGCAGGUGCACAAAGGUAUCUAGGUUCGUGUGAAUUGCAUGCAAACGGUGCGCACUCCUGCUGCACUCCUGAAUGGAAAAAACUACAUGAGCAUGCUCUCCCGUGCCGUGUGGCGAUGCCACUGAUGUACACGCCAUGGAUUAUGAAGUAAUCAAAACUCGGGACCUCCCUCUACCGAAUAAACUGCCGCUCGACCUGAGCUGGUUCGGCCACAAUCCUUCGGGACCUUGCACACCUACCCUGGCCGCUGGCACACGUACGUCCCGUCCACCCCCCUGCCAUCGCCCCUGACGACAUUGAGGAACUGCUUAAGACUUAAGUAAUACAGAACGCCCACCGCAACAUCUGCGAAAUCUAGACUGGCUGCGCAAUUCUAGCCCGGCCGGCAACGCCACGCCAGCAUGCAAUCGUAGCGAACGUGCCGGUCGUUGUGGCCCCAGUAGCUCUCGUUGGCGCACAACAAGCAUUUCCCCGCGGCCCGUGCCCUACCGAUGCGUAAACCAGCGUUGCCUAUACCAUCACAUAUGCGCAUCUGUAAUAGGACCAGGAAGAACGAAAGUGUGGCUACGUCCCCGCCAUUCUUAACCAAAAGACAGACAACUUCUCGGGCCUUCCCUGCGUCGUAAUAUUCGUUUCCAUCUCAACAGCCCCGGCGGCCCUGAAAGGCUACUAACCCAGAGCCUAUUGGCAAGUGGCAGCGCAUCCUGCUGCUCACAUCACGCGU